AUGAUGUGUAAACUCUUUGUGUUCUUUGCGUUGCUUCUCACCGUCCUCGAACCUCUGCUGGGGCAUCCGCUGGUCCAUUCGGCAGAGAUGACCUACGCCAGGCCUGUUCUUGUAGAAGAGGAGCAGGUUAUCAGUCCAGAAGACCUGAGUUACUCGGAGCAAGCGUAUCUGUCCAGGGGCGCCGCGGGAUUCGGUUACCCAUCUCUCAUCACUGAAGACAUCAGCAGCGAUGGUCUCAGAACAGCUGGAUUUGUCCCAAGUCAAGCUGCAAAAGAAGUCUUGCUGGAAAAGCCGUUGUUGAGUCGCUUCCUGGGAGGCAGGAAGCAGUAUCGCAAACGAGGCAGCAACACAGAGUGUUUCUGGAAAUACUGCGUCUGAAACAUCCAGCACUUACACUGUCCUCAAUGCGCUUUAUGUGUAAUUUUCAACACUUACACACAAACUUUGUGAGCCUGAUGCACUAAAAUUGCAAAAAAAUAUAUAUUUAUGUUUGUAGGAUAAAAUAGUGGAUAAUUUAUUUGUACAUACCUGUACAAGC